AUGUUACCACAUUACAAAUCUGUUUGGAGUGAGGAAGAAAACUUGGGAAAAAAUGUUUGUAAGCCUAUUUCUUCAUGGUCAUCUCAGAAUUGGAUAGCAUUUACUAUUGGUCACAUAUGGAAGCAACCCUCCCCAAAUAAGAUUGAUACUGUUUUUAUAUGCAACCCGGAUCAGCCCUGGGAAUUAUAUACUUUGCAAACCAAUCAUGGCUGUGCGAUUGUUCACUUGCAGUGGGAAGGUGAUGGAAUGGGGUUUAUUACGGUUGAUUCCAAGGGUAUUGGUAAAAUAUGGCACCCUGAUAAAAACUUGGUUAAUAUCUGGACAUGUUCAUCCACUAUUGAUAUUGGCGAAGGUGAUAUAAUAAGAUGUUUUUCCUGGAUUAAUAGUCGAAGUAAAUACAGUAUUGAUGUGGAGAAGCUAUUUCUAACAAAAGAUUUCUUUAAAAAAUUUUCCCAAAUCAAAAAUGAGAAUGCUCUUAACGGUAUCGCACAUGGACAAAACGGAUUUAUCAUUGUAACAUCUAGUGGUUUGUUUAAAAUUUUUCUUCUUCAAGAUGACAAUGAACCUGCAAUUUUUACCACAAGGCUUGGUAGCAUCAAGUUUAACGUGCUUUAUGCAGACAUUUGCGUAAAUGAAAAUGGAAAAGUAUGUAUAGCUGCUUUGACUGAUCAAUGUAUGGUGGAGUUAUUUUCCAUCACUUGCAAAGAGAAUACUACUGGUUUGGAAUUAUCAGUAGAUGUAUCACCAUGCAUUGUCCCACAUGUGGGCUCAAAUGAUCAGGAUUUUAUCAAUUUUAAAAUUGUUGACAUAAAGUACAUUUCCAUUGGUUCCAGCGAUCAAGUAUUAGUCUUAUCAAAAAGUAAAUCAGCAAGUUGUGUUCAGGUUUUUGAGAUUAAAAAAGAACAGGUUAUGUUGCAUCCUUGUUUUCCACGUGGACAGUCAUCUCAACAAUGUGCCGACACUUGUGUCUGUUUAAAAACUUUCAGAUUCCAACACAACAUCAAGUCCAUGUUUGUAACAAACUUACGGUAUUCAAAUUUAGGAAAAUCCAAGGAUCUGUCAUUAUCGCCAAAACUUGUCAUGUUAGAUGAGGGAGGCGGUUUUCAUGUGUAUUCUUUAUACAAUUGGUCGCAAGUUGUGAAAUUGAGUACUGUGCAGUUACUACAGACCAAUCACAUUACCUGUGCAUCGUUUUCACCAUGUGAUCAUUGUCUUUUUGCUGUUCUAAACAAUGGUGACAUAAUGUUGUUCACACUACCGCACUACUCGAUUUGCCAAGAUAAAAUCAAAGUAAAGAAUCUUGUCAACUUACUCCAAUAUAGCAUGGUUGAGGGCUGUAUACCUUGGGAUGUUAUGAUGUAUUUUAGUUCAGUUGAAAAAAAUAUUUUAGACCAAUCAUUCCAAACCUUUUUGGACGAUUAUAAUGAGUGCAAUGCGUUUCUGCAAAACCUUUUUAACAAUUCUUUUUGGAAUGUUAAAAUAAUGUUUUAUCGCCUGUAUAAAGAUUACUGUGGAGUAGUUGAAAGUUGUAAUAUUAUGUUACUGCACAACCUGUAUUAUUAUGUUGUGUCACGCUUACAAACUGACAAGGAAUCUGUGUUAAUGGACACAAUACAUAAAAUCUGCUCAUCAAAUAAAGAAGCUGAUAUUAGCAAGAUUUUUCCAUUGAUAGAUACGAAAGAUACAAACAUCUUUUUGUGCAGUGAUACCACACAACGACCUUUAGUUCAAUGGGUUACUGAUUAUGCCCUCCAUUUUGUUCGACUAAUCCUAUCAAAGAAUCAUCAUGGUCAGAAUUGGAGGCUGGCUCUUAAAUAUUUUGAUCCAACAUGUUUUUUACAUUUGCGACAACUCUUACUGUUAUUUCACAUCAUUUAUCAGAAAAACUUUAAACUUCCACAUGUCCAUCCAGUUUUUAUGACCAUGGCAAGCUCUUCAGAUAUCACAGCACAGUUAUUCAAGUUGGUAACUAAAUUACAUCAAAUAUCAACUGGGGAAGCUGGAACUGAAGUGGGUAUGAAUGAUUUACCAUUCAGUAACCUACCUGUGUUGUAUUUGGAAUUUCCUUCACAUGAUCCAAAAAGCAGUAUAUUAUCUAGCUUGAAUGUCACAUCAAACAAGAUUGAUGAAUAUCAGCUGCAAUUAAAAAGUGAUCCUUGGGAGUAUAUCCAUAAGACAGCACUGGAAAACCCUUUGAGCAUGGGAAUCUCUACUGUGAAUACAUGGUUACGGCAGAUUUACGAUGGAGUUAACUUCAUGCCCAGCUCGUUAAUGUUAAGCGAGGUUGUGAAGCAAUGUUGUAAUUGUGGAUGCUUGACGAUACAUAGUGGACAUAGCAGUAGAGUGUUUAAUACGUUGUGGAAAGCAUGCUGGGAACGAAAAUGUUUUUGUGGUGGAUGGUGGAAGCAAGUUGAAUGGCAUAUUUAA